AGUGGCCAGCCGGAAGUGGGCGGAGCGCAGCGCCCGGGGCAGGCAGGGCGGAUGCGAGGCCGCGGGGGCAACAGCACGGGGGGCAGGGCCCGGCCGGAGCCCGCUAGACAGCCCCAAGUUUCCUGAAUAUUUAAUCUGCUACUUGGACAUCUGGUCUCACUACAAUGCAACAAGCUUUAGAACUGGCAUUGGACCGUGCAGAGUAUAUCAUUGAAAGUGCCCGUCAGAGACCUCCCAAACGAAAAUAUUUAUCCAGUGGAAGAAAAUCUGUGUUUCAAAAGCUGUAUGAUCUGUAUAUAGAAGAAUGUGAAAAAGAGCCUGAGAUAAAGCAGAAGCUGAGGCGAAAUGUGAAUUUACUUGAGAAGCUGGUUAUGCAGGAGACAUUGUCAUGUCUAGUUGUGAACCUCUAUCCAGGAAAUGAGGGAUAUUCACUUAUGCUCAGGGGAAAAAAUGGCUCAGAUUCUGAGACCAUUCGACUGCCUUAUGAAGAAGGAGAAUUGCUUGAAUAUUUGGAUGCAGAGGAGCUACCACCUAUUUUGGUUGACCUUUUGGAAAAAUCUCAGGUUAAUAUUUUUCAUUGUGGGUGUGUCAUAGCAGAAAUUCGUGACUACAGACAGUCUGGUAACAUGAAAUCACCAACAUACCAAAGCAAGCACAUUCUUUUGCGUCCAACAAUGCAAACUUUAAUAUGUGAUGUUCAUUCUAUAACCAGUGACAACCACAAAUGGACACAAGAGGAUAAACUUCUACUUGAAAGCCAGCUUAUUUUAGCUACAGCAGAGCCUCUGUGUCUUGAUCCUUCAAUAGCAGUAACCUGCACAGCAAAUAGACUCCUCUAUAACAAGCAGAAGAUGAAUACUCGACCAAUGAAACGGUGCUUUAAGAGAUACUCCAGGUCGUCUCUGAAUAGGCAGCAGGAUGUGGCUCAUUGUCCGACUCCACCUCAACUGAGAAUACUUGACUACUUACCUAAAAGAAAGGAAAGGAAAGGAGCCCAACAAUAUGAUCUCAAAAUUUCUAAAGCUGGAAAUUGUGUAGAUAUGUGGAAACAGAAUCCUUGCUGCUUGACUGCUCCUUCUGAAGUGGAUGUGGAAAAAUAUGCCAAAGUGGAAAAGUCUAUCAAACCUGAUGACUCACAACCAACUGUCUGGCCAGCACAUGAGAUAAAAGAUGAUUAUGUAUUUGAAUGUGAAGUUGGUAAUCAACUUCAGAAAACAAAACUGACCAUUUUUCAGUCUCUUGGUAAUCCUCUGUACUAUGGUAAAAUACAGACACUCAAAGGUGAUGAGGAGAAUGAGAGCCUAGUAACUCCAUCACAGUUUCUGAUUGGCUCCAAGACUGAUGCUGAAAGGGUCGUAAACCAAUACCAAGAGCUAGUUCAAAAUGAAGCUAAAUGUCCUGUGAAGAUGUUUCAUAAUUCAGGCGGAUCAGUUAAUCUGAGUCAUCUUUCUCCAGGGAAGGAAAUGGAACAGCCAGAAAGUUUGUCAGGUUCUGUUCAGUCUUCAGUAUUGGGAAAGGGUGUGAAGCACCGACCUCCCCCGAUCAAAUUACCUUCAAGUUCAGGAAGUAGCUCUUCAGGUAAUAUUUUUAGUCCACAGCAGUCAAGUGGCCACCUAAAGUCCCCAACUCCUCCUCCUCCUCUUCCUCCUUCUAAGCCUCCCAGUCUCUCUCGGAAACAAUCUAUGGAUCUUAGUCAAGUUAGCAUGCUUUCUCCAGCUGCCAUGUCUCCUGCAAGUUCUUCACAAAGGUCUGGAACUCCUAAACCAUCUACUCCUACUCCAACCAACACCCCUUCAUCGACCCCACACCCUCCUGAUGCUCAGAGCUCAACUCCUAUUACCCCUUCUGCCACCCCUACUCCCCAAGAUUCAGGCUUCACCCCUCAGCCCACUUUGUUAACCCCAUUUGCUCAGCAGCAAAUGUCACUGAGCCAGGCAUUGCCUGUAAUGACCAUUCCUCUUUCCACCAUGGUAACAUCCAUUACUACAGGAACAGCCUCCACCCAGGUCAUGGCAAACUCUGCAGGACUUAACUUCAUCAAUGUAGUGGGCUCUGUUUGCGGAGCACAGACAUUGAUGAGUGGCUCAAACACCAUGCUGGGAUGUAAUACUGGUGCCAUAGCCCCUGCAGGUAUAAAUCUGAGUGGCAUAUUACCAUCAGGAGGUCUGGUACCAAAUGCGCUGCCAGCUGCAAUGCAGUCUGCCUCUCAAGCAGGCAGCACUUUUGGUUUAAAAAAUACUUCCAGUCUUCGGCCUUUAAAUCUACUACAGCUUCCAGGUGGCUCACUUAUUUUCAACCCACUCCAGCAGCAGCAGCAACAGCAGCUAUCACAGUUUUCUCCACAGCAGCAGUCGCAACAGCCUACCACCUCUAGUCCUCAACAACAGGGAGAACAGGGGUCUGAGCAAGGUGCAUGCAGUCAAGACCAGACAUUAUCUGCGCAACAAGCUGCUGUCAUUAAUCUUACUGGAGUAGGGAACUUUAUGCAACCUCAGGCAACAGUGUUGUCUCAGCUUGGCUCUGCCGUGAACAGACCUGGGCAAAGCCUUCCUCAGCAGACACUCCAGCUCUCCUCUGCCUUACAACAGCAACAACAGCAAGCCUUGCAGCAGCAGCAGCAACAGAUACAAGUAAUCCAGCAACUUCACUCCGAUUGCAUUAAAAAUACAAUUCUCAGCUCCAAAGCCAAAACUGCUGCCCUUUAGAUUUUUACUAAUACCUUUAAGGGUUUUAAAAACAAGUGCUGCAUUUUGGCAAACUGAAUACUGCAAGUUCUAAAACCGAUUUCUCUCUCAACUUGGAGCACUGAAUUUAUUUGUAUACGUUUGAGCCAUCACUUUCCUGAUUUGAUAGCAUUCAAGGAGUGCUUGUGGCACGUUACUAAAAUGAGCUCUGCCAGGUGCCAUUAGGAUUUGAGGUGACAGCAUGUACCAAGGACCUAGUUAAAUUCAAUCCAACUGCAGAGCUACAGGUAGAGUUAAGAAGGAAGCGCUGGCAAAGCAUUCCUUUCAUAAACUAUUGCUGUAUAUCCAGAUGUUUUUGUGGAGUAUGGUAUUGCAACAUUUUAGCACAGAAAUAGUUGCAUGGAUGAGGAAAAGACAAUAUUUUUUGCAUAUUGAAUAUUAAGCUGAAAAACAUGUAUUUUUGUGAACUAAGACAUUUAAUGAAGUUGCUGAGUUACUGCAGUUACUGCAACAGAGAUAGAGGGCAAAAAACUGAAUCCAGUUGUCCAAGUUUACUUGGGAAAUGUUAAAAGUGCCCUCAGCAGGCUUCUGUGCCACUGGUGCUGCUUGACUGUACUCAUUUUCCUAGUCUGUGGUAUAUUCCUUUGUUGAUCUCAUUCCCAGUGCUUCUUCAGUUUAAUUAUCUCAUCUUGUUUUUUCCUGUCAUUCUUCUUGAGGUUUCAAAGGUAGCUCUCAAUUUAAUAUAACAACCUUUUUUUCCUUCCCCUUCUCCCUCA